GCUUUCCCUUUCCAUCUGCGCGUCUUCUUUCUUUCCUCGGGAUCUGACCUUCUCUUCCUUGCUCUUUUGGGACAAAUUUUUAGAGAAAGUUGGAGCCAGCUCCAGUUUUGCACUUUCUGGUUUAGGGUUCAAGUCCCAAGGAAGAACAGCAAGCUAGCUGCUACCUUUUUCUUCUUCUUCAUCCACCAUCAGUUGGCAUCUGUCUUUCUUCCAUCCUUUCUUCCAUUCUUAUAUAUGUGCUUUUUCUGAGCUUCAUUUCUGGUUGCUCCCCUUGAUAGAAAGUUGGCCAAACAGAUCAGGAGUGAAGGAAUAUCAUAUACCCGUCUUAUAAUCCUGAAAUAGCAGUAAUACGACUCUUUCAUCGGCUUGUCUUAUCGUCUGGAACCAGAUCUAGAAUAAGGAAGGUGGUUUUUCCUGGGUUUUGGGCUAUCCAAGCUUCUUGAUGCGCCUACCAAAAUAUCAUAAAAUUAAAGGACAAUUGAGAGCUUUGAAAUGAAUACCUUCUCGCACGUUCCUCCGGGCUUUAGGUUCCACCCAACAGAUGAAGAACUUGUUGAUUACUAUCUAAGGAAAAAGGUUGCUUCCAAGCGGAUUGAUCUAGAUGUCAUCAAAGAUGUUGAUCUUUACAAGAUUGAGCCAUGGGAUCUCCAAGCAGAAGAACAAAACGACUGGUACUUCUUUAGCCACAAGGACAAGAAAUACCCAACUGGUACUCGGACCAACCGAGCUACGAAAGCUGGGUUUUGGAAAGCCACGGGAAGGGACAAGGCCAUAUAUUGUAGGCAUAGCUUGGUUGGAAUGAGAAAGACUCUGGUAUUCUACAAAGGAAGAGCUCCGAAUGGACAGAAAUCAGACUGGAUCAUGCAUGAAUAUCGACUCGAAACAAAUGAGAAUGGAGCUACUCAGGCAAGUGAAGUAAUCAUCUUUGCAUACUCGCAGGAAGAAGGAUGGGUUGUUUGCAGGGUGUUCAAGAAGCGACUACCUACAGUGAGGCGAAUAGGAGAGUAUGAAUCACCAUGUUGGUAUGAUGAUCAAGUUUCCUUCAUGCAAGAACUUGAUUCUCCUCGACAGAUUCCUCGUCACCAGCAUCAACAACCUUAUCCAUCACCAUCAUCCUCUUAUCUUCAUCACCAGCAUCAACAUUACUUGCAGUGCAAGCAAGAGGUGGAUCAGUUGCAAUACAACAUUUCUCUUAGCCAUCACCAAAACCAUCAUAAUCUUGAGUCAUUCCUCCAACUCCCCCAACUUGAAAGCCCCAAACUCCCAAGCAAUGCAAAUUGCAACAAUUUAUCUUCACCAAUGCUUCCAAACUACUCCUAUGAAAAGAACAAUGGGACUCUACUCCAACAUGAGGAAGUGCACAUCCAACAAAGUCACAAACAGCAUCACACCUUGAGUUCUGUUUACAACAACAAUACAACGAAUGAUCUGCAAGAGCAAGUGGUGGCAACCGAUUGGCGAGUUCUUGACAAGUUUGUUGCAUCUCAGCUGAGCCAUGAAGUUGCUAGUGCUUCCAAGGAAGCCAACAACGACAACUCAAAUACCCCUGCAUCUUCAUCCUCCUUUCAUGCAGAUGGUGAGCAACAUAUGAAGGUAACUGCCAUUGAUGACUCCAAGAGUUCAGAAAUACUGCAGGAGUAUGCGUCGACAUUAACCUCUGGCAGCGAUAUUGAUCUUUGGAAGUGA